GCUGCGGCGGGGGGUGACGGGGGGGAAGGCUCUCGCGUCGAGGUGUUCUGCUGGCGCGGAUGAUCGGCAGGGCAUAACGGCACCAGGCCGGCAGGGAGAGUGGCCGGCGCGCUCGGCCUACACACGCACGGGGCGCGGACGCGCCGCCUGUCAGCAGAACUGCAGCGCGUGCCCUACCUCGACCAUCAUGGAGCGACUCAUCGAGAAUCGCGAGGAAGUCACGGAACCGGUGCCCACGUGCGUCUUGGGCGAGGUCCCCGAGUGGCUGAGCGGCAAGCUCUUCCGGCUGGGUCCCGGCAAGUGGGAGUUGGGCGGGGGCUUCUGCCUUCGCCAUUGGUUCGACGGUGCCGCCAUUUUGUCCUCGUUCGAGAUACACAAGGGAAAGGUGCGGUAUAGUUCGCGGUAUCUACAAUCUGAGGCUUACAAAAAGAUGAACAGCGCCAGUCGCCCCGUCGUGACUGAGUUUGGCACGAGGUGUUACCCGGACCCCUGCAAGAACAUAUUCUCAAGGUUUUUCGCUGCCCUGGUCCCCAGCGACUUGACGGAUAACAACUUCGGCAACGUGUACUCUCUAGGCGAUGAGUUAUUCUGCACUUCCGAGACGUGUUUUAUGUGGAAGGUCGACCAAGACUCUUUAGAAGCCGUCCAGAGGUUCGACGUGAACAAGCUGGUAUCGGUGAACCUCGCCAGCGCCCACCCCAUAACCCAAGAGGACGGGACCAGCUACAACCUGGGCGCCAGCUUUAUAUCGGGCCUCAAGUACCACAUCAUAAAGAUACCGCCACCAGGAAAAGGCUGUUCGGGUCUGAAGCGGGCGUCGGUGGCGUACCAAAUACCAUCGAGCUGGAAGACGACGUUCAGCUACUACCACAGCUUCGGCAUGACGCGCAACUACGUGGUAUUCGUCGAGCAGCCGCUCCUGGUGAACGCCAUGCGCCUGGUGGGAUCGCGCAUCAAGGGCUACUCCUUCAAAGACUGCCUCGACUGGGCGCCCAAGGAGAAGACCAAAUUUGUGGUGGUGGACAGAUCAUCGGGCGCCGUAUUGAGGACGCGGUUCAUCACGGACCCCCUGUUUUUCUUCCACGUGGUUAACACUUACGAAGACGACGGCCACAUCGUGUUCGACAUGAUCGCCUACGAAGACGCCACCAUAUUGGACAGGUAUUACCUGGACAAGAUUAGGAACUCCGCGGCCGAAGACUUCGAUCCGGACUGCCAGGGUCAUUUCCGGCGCUUUGUGAUUCCCGUUUCUAAGGUGAACAGCACGAAGGAGGGUAACCUUGUGAGCCUCAAGUACACCGAGGCUCGCGCCUACCGCCAGGACAACAGCACCCUCUGGCUCACCCACGAGGAGAUGGGAUGCAAAGGGUACGACUUACCGACCAUAAACCCGGAAUACCAAGGCAAACCCUACCGCUACACAUACGGCAGUGGAAACUUCGAACGGCUAGGCGAGUGCCGGAAUGCGAUCUGCAAGCUUGACAUCGAGAGGCGGGAAAUGCAACUCUGGCGAGAGUCGGAUACGCAGUUCCCCAGCGAAGCCGUCUUCAUCGCGAACCCGGAAGGAGUGGAUGAAGAUGACGGCGUCCUUCUGUCGGUCGUGAACGACACAGACUACAGCAAGCCGGACUUCCUCUUGGUGCUGGAUGCCAAGACGCUGACUGAACUUGCGCGGGCCCAAGUGCCCCCUCACGUGCGCGCCUGUACCUCGAUCCACGGUUGCUUCGUCAGGAGCUGAGGGGGCCUACGCAGCCUCUCUCCUCGUGGAGCACCACACGAACCGCCUUUGUAUUCGCGCAGCCCUGGUCCAAUCCAUUGCAUGUACGCGUCUUUCAUUUCGGUGCGGUGCAAAGUAUCGUUCGGUGCCGCCAAGUGAGGUCGCUUUUUAGUGGUGAGCUUCCGCCUGUCUGACAAACGUGUCACAGCUCACGGAAUGCCGGAACACCGGGGAUGCCGACGGCAGCAGCAGCAGCGCCGGCAGCGCCGUCUCGUGAGGCUUUCUUCAACCACAACGCGCUAGAAAGAAACGUGUCUGGGCUUAUUUAUAUAUUUAAUUUUUUUGGCAGGACGUGAUUUUAUAGAAAAUGUUAGCGCCUUUACUCAGCACAGGUAACUCAUCGGCGUAUGACAAGCAAAAUGAAGUCACGAAAAGCACCGCUAAACACAGAACGAAUGCAGCAAAAUAGCACGUUUACUUCCCAAAAUCUGCACACGCGUCCAGGAAGCCACGGAAGAUAGUACAAAUUCUCAUACAAAUAUACAUCUGAAUAUUAAACAUGUAUCGUUACACAAAUAAUUAAAUGUACUUGAAGCUUUACGAGAAAACGUACAGAAAUUCAGUUAUUCGUUGCGUCAUUGCUCUCGCAGAAGCAAGUAAAACAAAAAUACUCUAGAUUCCCAUCAACGGCUAGUGUCUGUUGCUGCGUGUACACCUUUGCAGUAGUUGCAGUUACAGAUCUGUGGGCUCUAAUUAACCUAAGCGUCGCAAGAUGUCACCACCAGCGCUGCAGCACACGUCUGCCGUGCCUCGAGUUCCAGUUGCAUUUCGUCAACUGUGACACGUCGACGGACAGGUUUUAAAACUUUGUGUACUUUGUGUAGUGAGUCGCCGUCAAGGUACGACGUGUGUGAGGUGAACCGUCGUCGAUCUCAUGUUUUGUGACCGUUGUGAAGAGACUUGUCGCUUACCGAUCCGCGUAGAUGAAUGACAGAGAUGUAAGUGUUGUGAAGUCAAGUUCAAACAAAAAUGCAG